AUGGCAACAGAGACAGUCAUCUACGUAUCACUAGCGUUGGUCCUCCUGACAAGGAUCUACGUCUUCAUCAGUCCGCCAGAGUUCCUCGAACAGCACAAGGACCGACGGUACAACGAAUACCAUCUCUACCGACAAUAUCACAUCCGCAAACAAAUCGACGACAACGGACAGGACAACGACGAACAAGAAGACGACGAUCUAUCCGCACUAAUCCAAUCACACUCACGGCGGUCUUCGUCCACACAACAGGAUCAGCAACUGCAUAACAGCAGCGAUGGUGGAUUUGUCGACCCAAGUCCGUUGACGGCGCUUCAUUAUCCUUCGGAUGAACUUGUCCUUCUUGGAAUGGGACCCGGUGCCAGGCCGUUGGCUCUGGGCGAGCUUUCUGCAGCGGGAUUCUCGAAACUCGAAAACUUAGCGGUCAACACUACGUCUCUGCCAACAUUCUCAUCGUCCACUACCUCACCAGUAACAACAACGCCGAAUUUGUCAACAGCAACGACAACAGAAUCAUUAUCAUCAUCACCAUACUCCCCGCGAGAUGGCGUCGAACAACUGGAUGUUUGGAAACACAUCAUGGGCUCCAGUGAUACCGGAGGUGUUCCCAGCUAUCUUUCAUUGGAUACGUCCGAGAUCCACUACAACGGAUCGCUACACCGGUUCGAGAAGGAUCCCGAGGUCCAGGAAUCGAUCGCGGCGCUCAAGGCGGGACAGCGGGAUAUGGCCAAGGAGUGUCCUGUCAUGACUGUCGUUUGGGAGGGUGGUCGAUGGUGCUGUCUGGAGGGCCGCACACUGUACAUAUUGCGGGCAUUGAAUUGGAAGGGCCAGGUUCGAGUUCGGGUCUUGGUCGACAAGGAUCCAACGACUUUGGCUGUGACGGAGGAGUGCUGGAAGGCUGCAGGAAUGACAUCGGAUCUCACGCCUUUGUUUACGACCUUGGGACGGAAAUCGUCCAUCUCGACUACAACACCAACUUCUGCAACGUUCGAGUCGACAUUGCCAACCGUCACGGAGGAGGAGGAUGUUUUGAGAGGCAAGGGCGGUCGGGUGUUCAUGUCGACGGCAACAGCGGAUCCGAACACGACCACCAUUGGACUUUCGCUAGAGGACGACAGUACAUUUGGCGGUCGGAUCUUGAAUGGAACGCCUGAGGUUGAGGCCAAUGUGCGGUUUAGUCUGUCCAACUCUGCCAGAAAGGGACCGUCGUCACCAACGGGAUCACAGCACUCUGGCAACGACGCGGAUGUGGAGGAGGACGAGGAGAGUGGGCCUGAAAGUGAUGACGGGUACAUGGAGGACGAUGAGGAAGAUACGGAGGAGGAUGAAGCCAGCUUUAGCGAGGAUGAUCAGGAUCAACACCGAAUUCGAUCUCGUCUACAGGCCAUGAGUCUGCGUCAGAACUCAUCGACAACGGCACCGGCGCGACAGCGACAGCAACAACAGCAAACAUUGACGGUCCACCAGUACGAGAGCGAGAACAACUCCGACCUGACGAUCGUAUCCCCACCCUCGCCCGUCUUUACACCCCUUCCAACGACCCAAUUGCCAUCAGGCCCGAUCCGGAAACAAUCCUUUGGAUCGACGACAUUACCAGGCGGGGAUGUGGCGCACCAUGCACGCGCUGUCUCUUCCUCCCGUCAUCACCAUUUGCAUCAUGAGCGCAAGAUUUCGAUCCCUGAGUUCAUGUUGCCGCCACCGUUGCAUGACGAACAGGUUUAUCUGAUUGUCGAUCCUUCUUCAACGACAUCUGUGACGACGACGACGGCGGCGGCGAUGGAUGCAGAUAGGGAGGUUGGACUCUUGCGCGAGAAGAAUCCUCCAAGGCGUGACAGUGGCCAUGGCGAUUCUCCGUAA